UGUCCGAGCUGUUACAUGCUAGAUUCAAUUUGCAGGAAGCAGAGAGUUCUUUGGGAUGCUUCUUUGGUUUUACUUAUACUUGUUUUUCUUCUCUUUCUCACUUCAGCCAUUGAUGGAUUUCUAAAAACUGAUGAAAGACAGAGAUUAGCAAAGGAACGAAGAGAAGAAAGAGAGAAAUAUCUUGCUGCUAGGGAACAGCAGAUACUAGAGAAGGAGAGAAGAGCGAAGCUUCAAUAUGAAAAGCAAGUGGAAGAACGAUGGAGAAGACUGGAGGAACAGAGACAGAGAGAGGAGCAGAAGAGAGCAGCUGUUGAAGAAAAGCGGAGACAAAAGCUUAAAGAGGAGGAGGAACGUUUAGAAGCCAUGAUGCGUCGGUCCCUUGAACGCAGCCAGCAGCUGGAACAGAAGCAGAAGCGAUGGUCGUGGGGAGGAGCACUGGCUGCAGGCUCAGGAGGGAGAGAUGGUGAAUCAGAAAAUACCCCACCCCCUGUUCUAGGUUUAGCUGCCAACACCCUUCCUCCAGACCCUGUGACCUCUACUGCUCCUGCUGAUUCCUUCAAUGCAUGUGACAAACUUUCAGCUUCUACAAUGAACCUGCCAAAGCAAAUGGAAUCGCCAAUCAGUAAGCGCCUCUCCUCCUCCACAGCGGCAAUAACACAUUCCCCCGACAGAGCUCACCGCAUGCAUCUUAGUCCAAUGGAAAACUUUAUUGUUUCUCGACUGCUGACUCCCACACAGUCAUCAUUAGCCAGAAGCAGAAGUACCUUAAUGCUUUCUGAGCAGUACAAUAAUCCAGGUAAAAAUGUGAAUUACUCACUUUGAAACCAGUAAGGUAUGUUUUUGAUUGCAUUUGAGUAGCUACUUAAAGAAAUGGAGUACUGUGAAUCAAAUGUCAAUUGGUAUGGUAGCACAAAAUAGACUGUUUUUGAUAACAGUGUAUUGAAAAAUCACAUCAUCUUGUCUUUCUUGUUCUGAAUGUUUCCUAAUAAGGGAAACAUAGAAACAUUGUGGGUUAUUCAAAUAUAAAAUAAUAAUAAAAAAAGAAAUGAUUUAAUAAAUCCCACUGGUUUCAGUUUCAGUGAUAUGCUGAAAACUGAAUAUAUUCAUUUUGAAACAGUUUUUUAGAGUAGCAUGUGGCACUUUUCAGAGCAAAACACAAGGAUUUCACUGACAGACAUUAAUGUCAUCUCCUUUUAUGCUCAAGUAGAAUGUAGAACGAAAUUCCCAGUGUACCAUUUGAGCCUUAACUAUUCUUACUGGGGUUACAGUUCUUUACUGUUAAAUCAUUUUUUGUCUUUUAACUGUUUUUGUGUAUGUGUAUUUUUGUAUGUGUAUCUACACGUAUAAAGUACAUACAAAAUGAUAAUUACUUAAAGGAAAAUAGCAGACACAUGAUUUGGAAGAUAACAGUUUCAGAAGCUAUUCUUCUUUAAGAAGCUAAAAAUUAGAGAUGAUAAUUGCUGAUCCUAUCAGUAAAUGGCAGUCUUGCAAAAUGAGGGUUUUAUUAACAGCUACAAAACUGAUGUUUCCAGUCCUAUUAAUACUUAGGCAAGGACCUAACUUUAAGCAGUUCCUGGAUAAAAGGUUAUACCUGCUCAUGGUGUAUGCAUAAAUGGGUACAAAAGUGUUAUAGUUCUUUCUCAGUUUUAUUCAAAAACAAUGCAACAAACACCCAAACACCUGUUUGUAAAAGGGAACUUUUUUUUCCAGACAAAAAUGGUUGGACAGCACAAAACUGUCAAAAAUCUUGAUGAUCGCUAUUUUUGCGUGUCAUGAUUAUUGGAGUAGGCUCAGGUCCUGCAUCAGUGCUUUCACUGCAAGGCCUUUUAAAAAUGGAUUAGGCAGUAAGCAUGCUUUCCUUUACGCAGUGUUCUUUGUUGCAGUGUGUAGGGACAUUGUUAUGGAGCCACUCUGAAAUGACUUCCCUUGUAGGUGCAGGAAGCAGAAAUGUUGCCAUACAAUGCUUUGCCUAUGAGAAAAUUCUCAGGUUACUUAUUGUUCAGGGAGCAGCUGCUGCUACAACUGAACAAAACUCAGUUCAAAUCUAGAUCAAUAUAGUUUGUUGAAAACAUUGAGGUGAAUUGCCAGGACCACCUACAGAUGUUGCUUUCUGUGUUGUCUUUGAUUGAUGUUGAAGAAAUCAAUAGGGACUUUCUUUGUCCUUCCCUGGUCUUGCCUGUAAACUCCCAGCCUUAUCUCCCUCUUCAUCACAGAGUCUUUAAAGUAGCAUGCUGGCAUGUCUAACAGGAAUGCCAUUUGGCCUAUAGGUUGACUUUUCCCUAAAGUGAAAUUGGAGUGACGAUUGAUUGUUUUGUCAGUAGUUGUCAGCAAAAAGGUUGGGGGAGGAUUUCUUCCUUGAUGUGUAUGUACUUCUUUCAGUAGAAGCAGUGUUCUGAACAUGGAACAGGGUCCUCCCUUUUCACAGUCAUGUAGUGUGCUCUUGUGAUUGUGUUUGGGCCAAAAUUGCUCCAUUCCUGCACAUUCUGUAGGUUUAGAAAUGAGGAUCCUAGCUUUUAUGACUCCUGAAGGCAAUAUGUUAUUAAUAUAACUCUAAGUCAAGACAUUCAGAUAAACCUGAAUUAUGAGAGUUGAAUAAAAACUGUUUUCUUAUGGUUGAAGUAGAGCUACCUUAAGCAACAAUCAAGUUUCCGAACAUUUUUCUCAAAUGCAGCAAACUUGCCAAAUUGCAAGAAAGUCCUUCAAAGGAAAACAUGGGCCCAGUUAAACUUGAAAGCAUGCAAAAAUUGAAUCUUAAGAGAUUUUACAGCACUGCCCCCAACUUUAAA